UUAGAAGACGGCCGCUUGCUGAAUGCUUGGGUGAAGCGUGGACCUCAAAGUGUCAUCAAGGCCCACCAAAAGUUGGCAGACGAGACUUUGAACUGUCCUUGUAUUCUCGGUACCGGGGCCGUCGUUGCUGGGGCCCUCAACCAUGCCGUCAUCCUCGUCCUCUCUGCGCUGCGACUUCUCUCUCGCCUCGUCGGCCGCCUUGUGAUGCUUGGCGUGCGUACUGAGGCUCGCGCCUCCAAGGGACUGGAGCUUGCGCGCUCCGGCAGCAUCCAUUGUUGCGCGCGCCAUGCGCCUCGACGGGUCAGUCAGCGUGGCAAACCGGAGGUCAGUACUAACCAGCGACACAUUGCGCAUCGCUGCCAGGUUGAUGCGAGGCUUAUCAUGCCUCUUGACCGUGCCUCCACCGCCGAUGGUAGGGAGGAUGUCGCUCGGAGGCGGGGAGAUCAAGCAGGCUUCCGGGCCCGGGGAUUGAUCGGGCCCGGUCGCUCAGCUGAGGUAGUUCAUAUGACGGCUUGA